GCCGUUUCGUCUGUCUGGGAGCUCCUUUUCGCUCGCUCACCGGUUCAUAAACCGGCCAUUGACAGGAAUCACACACACAGUGAGACGUUUGAAUCAGUAGGCCUUGACCUUUCGUCUGUCCUCUCUGCCUCUGAACCAUUCAUGCCGGCCACCUUGAUCUUCACACCCUCGCUCUUAGGCCAUGUGCUGCAUCAAAUUGAUCGCUCUUCUCUGAUUCGUCGAGUUCUCAAGUUCGAGCCGCGAGGGUCGUGAAGUCGGCGAUUGUUGCUCUCUUGAUUCAAUCCGAAUUCGCCUCUCUUCGAUUGGUGCCGCGUCGAAAAUCCGAUACUGUUUUUUUCUUGUCCUCUUUUGAUUUGUGGUUGAAAUGGUCGAUUCUGAUCGAUCGGUCUCGGUCUGCAAUCCCGUUGACCACUUGAGAGCCAUGGCCGGCUCUUUCAAUCCGGCCGAUGCGGGCCCCAAGCCGAAUCGGAGUCAUCAACCCCACAGGAAUCGGAAAGUACCCAGUUCCGUCAAUUGCGCGAGAACUGGCGCCUGCGAUGGGUCUCGAACCGCCGCGAUGGAUCUCGCCAUCCUGGUCGCCGUCGUCGUGGCUUGUGGGUUUCUGCUGUUUCCUUACGUCGAGUUCGCGCGCCUCUGGUUAAUCGGAGCCGGAGGGAAGAUCGCGAGCGCGUUUGCCGACGAGCUUUCCGAGGCUCCGUGGAUUUACGGGUCCAUCGGACUGAGUCUGUCUUGUGCCGCGUUCGCUUGCUGGUUGCUUCUGAUGUACUCGACCCGGAAAUGCGGGAAUCCCAAGUGUAAGGGCCUGAGAAAAGCGGCUGAAUUCGAUAUUCAGCUGGAGACGGAGGAGUGCGUGAAGAGCAAUCCGUCUUCCCUCAUGAAAGGUGGAUUCAGGAGGGGCAUAUUCGAAUUGCCUCGGGAUCACCACCGCGAGCUGGAGGCAGAGCUGAAGAAGAUGGCGCCGCCCAACGGAAGGGCUGUUCUCAUGUUCCGAGCGCGAUGUGGGUGUGUCAUCGGGAGAUUGGUAGCUCCCGGACCGAAGAAGCAGCGGAAGAUCAGGAAGUAGGAGUGCUGUCGUUGGUUACUUGAUUAAAGAGGAGAUAUAAUUGAAUGCAGGGACUGGUUAUCAGGCAGAGAUGAGUUGCUCCUUUGUGGAGUCCUAAAUAAAGCUCAUUGCACUAUGUUAUUAGGAUUACGUACAAAUUAUUCUGAUUAGACGAUAUUACUGCUCGUUAUAUUGGUUUCGCUUACUACUUUUCAGUAUUGAUUUGGCACAAGCAAAAGAUCAAACUUUGUACC